UCAGAGAAAAUGCCAACAUGGAACCGAGGCAAGGACGAGAUCUUCACUUACAAUAAUACGAAAAAGCGACCUACGUUCAGGCCAAGUUCCGCUUAAUCACACACCGAAGGUCUCCAUCUGUCCCAGUUUUGAGCGACGGGUCUGCAGUGAUUCACUCUCUCCCUCAGUCACCUGCCUAUUUUUUGCUCCGGACUGUAAUAAAUGGUUUCAUUAAGUGAUAAACCAGUGGCCAUUGCUAAUGACUCGCUCAUGCUGCUCACGCUGCCCUGCAUGGAGGCAGGGGGCAGUGAAGGGGGCAGCUCAGGCUCCUGCUCCAGCCCUGAGACGGGUGACACUGCUGCCGGUCUGGGUGAAGAAGAAGAAGAAGAGGAAGACGGACUCUUGAACUUAGACUGCACUUCAGGCAUGGAGGAAAUUCCCAGAUUUCCUGAUUUCACCUUGCACGUUUCGAGCAGCUUCUCUCCGACUCUUGAGGACAUUGAAGAGUUCUUGAUGGAGAAGAUGGAGCAGGUGGAAAAGGGCCUCGUCAUUCCAGAUGCAAAAACGGAGCAGGUCGUUGAUAAAGACACGCCAUCUCCUGCGAGUCAGCUAAACAGUAUGGAAGUCAAAUCUUCCACUCAAACCCCUGCUAGUCAGAAUGCUACAGCUAGCGUGACAGCUAGCUCCGCUCCAGUGUUAGUUGGCGCUCCAGUGGUGCUUCAGGUUCAGCCCGUGCAGAUCAGCCACCCGCUUCCUCAAACGAACUCCCCUGCCAAUGGACUCCGGGUGGCCCACUUGGUGCUGGGUGUCCAGGGCGGGCAGAACGUCGCCCUGCUCUACCCUCCGAUGCCUUCUGCAACCGUGCUACCCAUCGUCGGUGAGAUGGGAUGCCAAGACCAAAAGUAUGUGAAGAUCGCUCCGCUGCCCAUUACGUUUCGGGCGGUUGGUGUAGCAGGGACCAGCUUGGUCAAAGCCAUCCCUCCACGCCCAGCCAGGCCUUCUACAGAAAACCUGCGCGUGCACAAGUGUUCCCACCCAGGGUGUGAGAAGAUGUACACCAAGAGCAGCCAUCUGAAGGCCCACUUCCGCAGACACACAGGUGAAAAGCCGUACCUGUGCAGCUGGCCAGACUGUGGCUGGAGGUUCUCGCGGUCGGAUGAAUUAUCCCGUCACCGUCGCUCGCACUCGGGAGUGAAGCCUUACAAAUGCACGAUGUGCGACAAGAAGUUUGCCAGGAGCGACCAUCUGUCCAAACACACCAAGGUGCACAGGAGCCCGCGCGCGAGCAGACUGGCCAGACCGAGCGUCUGAAUGAGCAGCGCGAUCCUUCCACUAAACCUGGAAAAGCUCGAUCUUCCAUUACUUUUCACUUUCCUUCCUUUUGCUUGGUUUUCUCCAGAUCUGUGCUUUUCUCGGUGCUAACGUUGGCUAACUUGAACCUCAGGGAUGUGAUUGUUCAGCCCCGGAGCAGAUUUGCGCUGCUACACGCCGCACUACCCUGCUCACUACCCUUGGCGUAAAUGAGUUGGGAGAGAUUUCAAUGCAGAGAUCCAUGAGGAUGAGGAUGAGCACGGUGCUAAACUGGUGCAUUUUUGUGAAUAUUCCCAAGUAAUCUGAAUUGGAAAGACUUCCAAACGUGAGCAUGUCUCCAGACUGCCUUACACUUUAUAGCAGUGUCUUUAAUAAAGCUUCAUGUAUAGCUACCUGUAAAGGUGGAAAAAAAAAGGUCUUGUUUAUGCUAUGUACGCUAGAACCGAAGCUAAAGAUAAGAUAAUCCUGAUUUUUUUUUUCUUUUCCUAAAUAUGCACUGCAGAUGGAAUAGUGUCUAACGUAUAGCACUUAAGGUAAGGUUUGAAAAGUUCCUGCCUCUGAGAAUCAAUGCAAGGUCCAGUGUGAGGUUUUUUUUUUUUUUUUUUUACCUAUCUUACUUUCUUUGUACUAAUGCCUGAUGAUACUGACUUCUUUGAAUUUUCUUUUGCAAAAAUGCUGCCUGUCCUCUUUCCGGCCCAAUCACAUCCCUGACUGAACCAAAUCUUGUUAAAGUGCGUCUAUCCUGUGCCUCAGAUCUCUUUCAGACUGUUGAGAGAGGCUAAUGCCAAACCAGAGAUCCCAGUUAUCGAUGGGACUUUGGCGUACGACAUUUACUACAACUAAGGAAUUACCGCUCACGUACUGUAAAAACACACAUAAGCUAAGGAAGAGGGAUGCAUCGGUACUGAGACUGGUCUCAGGUGUCAGUCUGAUACGGUGCUUAUUUACUCGUACUGGAAAAACAAAUCUGAUCCCAGGUGGUACUGUAUGACAUAAGAUUAAUGGACGUAUUUAAUGAUUAGUGAUGGCGUUCGAAGUUCAGAGGAAACGGCUGAGGACAAACCCGUGCAGUAUCGUUAACCUGUAAGCUGCAAUGCUAGGUGAAUGAAAGUAACAGCUCUCACUCGGUAUGUUUAACAGUUAUUCCACGGAAUCGAGUCGUACGUGAGCGAUAAGCCGUGUACGACGAAAUUGAUUGAUUGACUGAUUGGAAUAACUGUUUUAUUCUAUCCACAUUGAUUGAUUGCAUGAGAAACAUUCGAUACAAAACGUCCGACAAAAUAAUUUCCUCUUUGGCGGACCUAUCGAUGGCUGUAGGAAUUGAUUUUAGUGUUUAUUUGUUUGUUUGUUUGCUUGUUUGUUUGUUUGUUUUAUAGAAAGAGCCAUCUUGCUGUCGUGCCGAAGUAUAGAACAGCUUUAGACAUUUAUUUAAUUUUUCCUUGGACAUUUUUCAGUUCUGUAAUUUUCAAACGUCUUUGAGCUUUUGAACCAGUCUGACAAAAAAUUCAACAAAUUUUAAUGCUUAAAGAUGAAGUAUGUAAACAAACCGAUGAAAUGACAGGAGCAAUUUGUGAAAAAAUGCUAUAAUAAUAAUAAUUAUUAUUAUUGAAAGAUAAUUUAAAUAAUAUACGUUCUUACCGUGAAAUACUUUCAUUCUAUAUAUUGUGUAAUUUUUAGCUUUUUUGUGUUUUUUUUUCCAAGUAGAGUUUUUAUUUCAUCCUCGGUUGUUUCAGCAACAUGCGCCGCCAUUUUGUUUUUCUCUCCUCACCGUAUAGACCCCUUUCACAUGACGUCACCGCGCCGCGAGAUUUUGUUAGGCGCCAUAUUGGAAGACCAAGUACAUGCACUCACAAUAUAAAACAAAGUACGAGCGAGAGUAAAGUGACAUGAUGGAUGAUAAUUCGGGUUAUGUGAGUACAUUACCAGCUGCAGAAAGGGCACGGUAUGUGGAGAAACUGGCUGUGAUUGAUGGGUUUGACCCAUAUGAUAAGACUCGCGGCAAGGGAGAAUGGAAACAUAAGGAGGACCGGACACCAAUUCUGCCAUCUGUUUGCUACCCAGACAUUGUAAACUAUUUGUUGUUUACACCCAGUGCCUACACUCAGUGUUCGAACUAUGCCGAUAUUUUCGGGGGGCCCCUUUUUUUCCCUUGGGGGUGUGUGUACUUGCGCUUGUCUCGGAGCGCGGAUCUCCAAACACAUGAGAAGCCCAUCUUACGCACAUAUCACGCGGACUCCACACACGCAUCGCGUCUGAAGUCAUAACUCAUCAGGGGAAAUCGUGUCCGCAUUGGCAUGUUCAAAAAACAACCUCGCGUCAACAAUGAUACCACACGCAAGAAAAAAAAACAGUCAGGCUACUCGACAACCAACCUGGCAGCAGCGAGCAAGCCCCAAACCAUCCUAAAUUAUUAUUAUUAUUAUUAAAUUGUAGAAGUCUGGGAGGCUUGCUCCUCAUACAGUUAUCAACUUGGGGCCACUUUAGCAUGUUUUAAAUCUGAAUUUCUUGCGUUUGCUUACCUCAAAGUGUCCGCAGAUCAUGCACAGACUUAUCCAUUAUAUCCACAGUUUUUUGCCAAGUCUCACACAGGUUUCUUUCAAGUCUACUGUUGGGCCAAUAAAUCAUAAAUAAAACAGCUCAGAUUUGUUUAAGUCGUUUGCCACUCCACUUUAUUCUCGUGGGUUCACAUACCGCUGCCGUUAUUAUCCCCUUAUCACGAGUUUGUUGGUCUUCCAAAAUGGCGCAGGGUCUGUUUACUUCCGGUUUCGGGUGACGUCAGUGAAAGGGGUCUAUACGAGCUGAUAUCCUAGUAGUAGAGUAGCCAAUCAGAGUGCGCAAUUGCUCAUACCCAGUGAAUGUGGAUAGAAUUGUUCUUUACGAUCCUUAAUUAAGUACGAAGGAUUGCGACGCCAUGAAAACACAAACGCACUUGCUUUUCUGGAUCAACCCAACUCGCGCUCUUCUCCACUGUAACCCGACUCCAUACAAACUAGCUAACGCACUUUGUUUAAAAUUAUAUCGCUAAUGUUAUAAAGAACGAGCCACUCGCCUAAACGCACGACCAGACACGUGUGCAUACAUUUUCACUGUCGAUAUUUAAACCAGAGGAAACAGAAACCAUAAACGGAGCUAAAGAAAGCGUUCUGUACGCGUCAGUGUGUGUAUCAAUAAUCGAUAACAUUACCGAUUUGGGGGAAAAAAGUAUCGAUGCAUCCCUUGGGACAGUAAACAAAAACUUGAUGUUUAUAAGCUACGUUUAAGAGCAGAACUGUAUUAUGUUUCGAUUCAUCAGGAGCAGAUGAACGUUUCAUAAUUAUUCUGACAUUUCAAUAUUAAUGAAGCUGUCUUGUUAUGAUUGUAAAUCACAAAUCAGUGAAGCUUUUUUUUUCUUCUUCUUCUUUUUUUAAUACUCCGUCCGUUCACUUAAAGAGAGCUGAUCAGUAGCUUGUAAAGCUUCCUCACGAUUACCUUUGCCUUUUUUCUGGUCGUUCUGGUUAAUUAAAUUUUCUUGUUGUUGUUGUUUUCGAGAAGUUCUGAACACAAAGAUGUGUCAGUGAUUAAUGACUAACUCCAGGUCGUUCAUAUACAUUGAAAAACACGUCACCGUGAUUAGUGGUGCUCACGUAAUGAGGGUGCUUUUUUAUUUUAACUUGUUCCUUUCUUUGCUGUUUCAAUACUGUCUUUAAUUCACGCGCCCUCGUUGUCGGCUGUAAGUCCGGAAAUCUCUGCACGCUGACGCGAUUUUAUUUUCUAACAUAAAAACAUCGGACAAAUCUUUUUAAAAGCCAGCGUAGUUUAAAACAAUAUUCGUGACGCUAUAGUAUACAUACCGAAGUGUUUUAUUCUUUUUAUACGACAGAUAUUAACCAACGAUUCCGCUUUUCAUCGAUUUAAACAAUGACACUGACACGUCAUUUAAUCUUGCAGAGCAUCUGUAAAACUAUAAGUAGCUAAGACAAAAAAAAAAAAACAGCAUGUGAUGUUACCUAGAAACCGCUGUUACAGCUUUAGCUCUGACUGUUACACAGCGCUGACACUGGAGACUCCUUACAUUUACAUUAACAUUAACAUUAAAUAAACGUCUCCUUACAGUUAUUUUUUUGUACAUACUGUAUUUUUUUUAUAUUCAGUCCUUUUAUGUCACUACUUCUGUCCGAGCUGCUGUAAUAGAAAACGAAUCAACACCUUCUGACCAAUCAGAAUUCAGCAGCACUAUGGUAUUUAUUAUUAUUAUUAUUAUUAUUAUAUGAAAUAACAAAGAUUGAAAUGGCUGCCAGUCAAAAAAUUUUUGAACACGUGGAUUUAUUGUUUUAUUUCAGUACGCUAGGACGGAAACCAUACAGACAAAUAACAAACAAACAAACAAACGUCUCGCUCUCGGAUCAUAACGUGACUCGAAACGAAUGCUUUGUUACAUAACCAAGGGUGAAACUGUUAAUCCUGUAGAUAAAAAUAAUUCCUCAAAAAUACCCGGUGUUGGUAUUAACUGUAAAAAUAAAAUAUAAUAAAAUAAAGACGUGGUUCCUGAAGUGCCUGGGAAGUGUAGCGAUAUAAUCUCAGUCUCGGGAUAAGUUAGGGCAAAAUACACUUUUCUGUGAUCGCAGAAUUUAAAAAUAUAUAUUAUUUAUUUUUUAAAAUAAAUAUUUGAUUUUAAAAAUAAUAUUAGAGAAAAAUUUAAUAAUAAAAUUUUAGCCUUUUAAAUCUAUAUAAAUUCUUGAUUUGAUUUUUUUUGUGUGAAUUUUUCAUUGUGAAAUCAUUUUUUUGUCGAUGAUGAUACACAAAAUCUACAAAACAGUUUGAUUUGAUGCGGCACAACUACCGGCCUGCUCACGGUUUCUAAUAUCGUGACACUUCUUGCGUAUCGUAGCGACGUCUUUGUGAAUCGUGGUAUAAUAAUGAUCUUUUUGGCAUAUCAUGACCUCGGACUGAUGAGAGCAUUGUAAAGGUUUUUACAGUAGAUGGUUCCAAUAGAAGUCAUUUCUAAGAUUUCUCAAUUCACGCAACAUUUAAAUAAUAUUGGCUGGCGUUGAGUGGUAUAUCAGAUAUAUUCCAUUCAGCUAGCAUGAUCUUGAACGAGUCGAAGACGAGUAGCUGAAUGGAAUAUAUCUGAUAGACCUAAAAAAAAUCCAGCCAAUAUUAUUAUUAUUAUUAUUAAUCAGUCCCCCCAGGAUUUCGUGGACCUUUUUUGUGAUUGUUGCGGGCUAAAAUGUCUGAUGUUGUGGGGUUUUUUCCAAAAAAUUGCGAUGAAAGUUGCGGUGUUUUUUAGGUUUUUGUUGCGAUUACAUUGCGGGAGGAAGUGAAAGUUGCGAGAAAUUGUUGCGAUUUUCUCUUUUUGUGAUUAAAAUUGACUGAUUAUGUUAAAUAUUAAGUUAUUACUGAAAAACUAUUGAUUAAGAAAACAAAGACACUGAGAAAUGGUCCUAUAAACAACUUUACCAAUAUAAAAGAUUACCAGGACUACAAAAAUGCAGAAAAAUAGGCUUUACUUAUCCAAAUGCUCCUGUUGGUUCAAAAGUUAAAGUGCAGAGAACCUCACAGCACAACAUGAAGUUACCUUCAAAUAUAAUAUAAAUGCCUCAGCUUUCAUGUAAGAAAAAAAACCUAUUAAUACUAGUACUGUGUGCAGGCAGUCUCUCCUGAAGACUAAAUUAAACAAUAAUUAUAAACUAAUAAAAUAAACGGCUCAGGCUUCAUAGAAGAAAAAAAAACAAUUGAACAGAAUCUCACAGUAUGAUGCUGAAGCUGCCUAAACAAUGGAAAAUAAAAUACCAUUUUGGCAAAAAUGUUGGCAUCCAUUAAUUUCUUGUAUUAAGUAAAAAAAAAAUAAAGUGCACACAGUCCUUCACUGUAAACAUAACACACUUUCAGCAACAGAAUUUAAGCCUAUAUAAACACUGACUCGCACAUGCAGUGUUGCCAGAUACUACUGAUGUUUUCCAGCCCAAAAUAUGUUCAAAACCCGCCAAAAUGCACUUAAAACCGCCCAAUCUGGCAACACUGCGCACAUGCUGCUUCUCUUGAACGUAUACACGGAAGUAAGGCGGAAGGUAGUUUGUCGACGUCACCUCAAGACGACGCCAACGAUUGGUCAAAUUUGCGGGAAAGUUGCGGUGAUUGGAUAUAAUUGCAACACCACCCUGAAUUCGCGGGGAUUGGUUGAAUUUGCGUUGAAGUUGCAAAUCGCAACAUCGCGAAAUCCUGGAGGGUCUGAUUAUUAUACAUACACAUUCCUUUCGGGUGUUCAACGCAUCUUUCUCUUUCAAAAUUCUCUCAAAAGUUCUGUAUUUUGUAACAAAGCAAACCUGGCAGCCAUGUUUGUUUACAAAUUGUCCCAGUCGCUCACUUGCUAGCGCGGAAAUGUUACGUCUCCAACGUGUGACAUCGUGUUGUCUUGACAACCGCGUAGUAUCGUAAACCAUUUUCAACGCUCAUUGUCCAUUGGGUAGAGUGACGUAAUACACAUAGGAUAAGCGAUAUGCUAACAAUAUUGCAUGCUAUCGAACCAAAUGAAUGAAACCCACUGGAAGGGACUAGAACACAUGCUUUUAUUCCAUCGAAAAAGUGUCCUGGAUGGAUAAUAAUUAGUAAUAAAUAAACAGUUCUCUUUAUUUUUACAUUUUCAGUAAUUUAAAGUUAAACAAAAAUGCUAAAUGGUCCUAAAAACUUUUGACUGGCAGUGAACGUAACAUUCGAAUUUCUGCGUUCAAGCUGGAUUUUCUGUCGCAAAUUAACACGCAAAUCACGAAGACCAAGUCAACGAGGGCGUCUUAAAAACAGUAUUGAAACGCGCCGUCUGACGACCAUCUCCCCACCCGUCCCCUCCCUCCCUCCCUCCCUCCCUCCCUCUCGCUCUCUCCUUUUCCUUUCCACACUCACAUUAAGGCAUUAACACUUUAAUUUCGUCAUUAAAGCCAUUGAGUAUAGCUGCUCAGCCAUGUAGCUGGAGAUGUCUAGGUUAUAUUUUUUUGAAUAACUGAAGAAAAUAAAUGUUAUUUUCUUAUGUACAACAAUAAAACAAGUAAGAAGCAA